AUGUCCGAGGCCUACGAACGCGAGCGCCAAAACAACUCCCGCCUAGACGAGCUGUCGGCCAAGGUGUCCGCCCUGCGCGGCGUCACCAUUGACAUUUACGACAAUGCGCGCGCGCAGGACGUCAUUGACAACACGUCGGAGACGUUCUCCUCCAUGACCACCCAGAUGCGAGGCUCCGCCGGCCGGCUGACGCGCAUGGCGGCCUCCGGCAACAAGGUGGCCAUCCUGAAGCUGUCCGGCAUCUUGAUUGGCGUCUUCAUCUUUUUAUACUACGCGGCGCGCAUGUUCUUCUAA